CGAAAUGUCUCGUCUUUUAAAUGUUGUAAAAAGAGUUGUGUUUACAAGCACAAUUAUUGGAGGUGGUGCAUGUAGCCUUAUACUUUACAAUGUUGGAACUUCGUCAUGGUCAGAUUCACAUACAUGGUCGUCAGCUACCAGACACUAUUUAACAAAUAAGUUUAUGGUAGUUCUUGGUUUUAUCUCAUUCAGGGAUCUAGUUAAAAAUUCAAGGAAUGUCCGAGAAACCCAGGAGAACCUCCUCAUGGACAACCUCGUGAAGAACACUGCUACCCUCUACGGGAAGGAGUUUGGGUUUGAGAAAAUGAAUUCUGUUGCGGAGUUCAGGAAGCAACAUCCUCUCACUAGAUAUUCACAUUACCAACCUUACGUAGAGAAAAUUCAAAAUGGAGAUUUAUUAGCUCUGACAGCAGAUAUCCCACUACAACUGGCUGUUACUUCAGGUACUAGUGGUAAAAGUUCUCUGUUGCCCACUACUAACUUUAUAUUCACCAGAUUUUUUCUUUCUGGGAUUGCACUACUUUUUCAACGAUUACAGGAAACGCAUCCUGAGUGGGUCACUCUGCAGAAAUCCAUGAAAUUAUUCUAUACUCCAAGAUGGAAGUACACCGAGACUGGAUUAAGGAUCGGACCUAACAGUUCUAAUCCGGAUUCUGCGCAGAGAAUAUAUCAUCUUUACUCCACCCCUCCCCCAGCAUACAGGAUAUUAACAGAACCUGAGGCACUGUAUAUUCAUUUAUUAUUUGGAUUAUUGGAUCAAAAUCUGGGAAAUAUAGAGGCUAAUUUUGCAUCCACAGUAUAUACAGGUUUCCGAACCUUAGAGAGUAGAUGGGAGGAGCUAGUCCAGGAUAUACAAACCGGAACAAUUAAUUCCAAUCUUAAUAUUCCUUCAGAUAUCAGGGAGCAAUUGGAAGCAGUUAUGAAACCGAACCCUGAGAGAGCGGAGGAGUUGAGAAAGGAGUUUACUGCAGGGUUUGAGAAUAUAGCGAAGAGAAUCUGGCCAAAUCUUAAUCUUAUCAUGUGCACAACCACAGGAACUAUGAAAAUGUAUACAAGUUCGUUGAAAAGUAAAUAUUGCCGGGACACCCAGACUUAUUCUCCUAUCUACGGAGCAUCAGAGGGAUUGCUAGGAGUGAACUUGUAUCCAGAUAGUACCCAGUCCCUUUACUGUUUAAUCCCUUCAGCACAGUUCUUCGAGUUUAUCCGGCAGGAGGAUUCCGAUACAGAUAAUCCGGAUACAUUACUCCUUCAUCAGCUAGAGAAGGGUCAAGCGUAUGAGGUGGUUGUAACUAAUGGAAGUGGUCUCUAUAGAUAUAGAAUGGGAGAUGUAGUUCAGGUCGAAAGUUUUUUUAAUGAACUUCCUAUGGUUCGUUUUCUUCAUAGACAGGGCCAGAUGUUAAAUGUUCACGGAGAAAAAAUUUCAGAAGAGGUUUUCUUUACAACCCUGAAAAAAUGUGAGAAAACCUGGAAUAUUAGACUGCGUGACUAUACUACUGCCGAGAGUGUUCUAUCUGAAUCUAGCGCACUGCCCCACUACCUUCUGUUUAUUGAACCUGAAUCUGAGUGUUGUGACCUGAACCUGGAUUUACCAGACACAACCUUGCGGUCAGAUCAUCCUGUCUACGAAUCCUUCAGAGCUAAAGGAAGCAUUGAUAAGAUUCAAGUAAUCCAGGUAAAACGUGGCAGCUUUCAAGCUCUCCAAGAGAUGAUGUUAGCAACAUCAAUGGCUUCUUCAAAUCAAUUCAAGGUUCCAAGAGUAUUAAGAAAAGAGGAACAUGUUAAAUAUCUUCUGGAGAAUAGUAUCUAGUGGAAGAAACUAGUUUGGUUUAAAUCUUUUUUGUAAUCCCUCUGUAAGCCCAAAUCUAAGAUCAAAGUGAGAUUUUUAAAAAAGGGACAUGCCUGAUUCACAAUGGUACUCUUUUAAGCUUUAAAGCUUUAUCUGUUACAAAAUAUGGAAGAUAUCGGUUGUAAGUGCUGGUGGUAAGAAUGUAAAAAAUGCAUGGGUUUCUGAAUAGUCUCGUUUCUAUACAAACCUCUUAAGAACUUUUUCUCUCUCGCUUAAAUUUGAUGUUUGUUUAAAGUGUUGAACACACUGAUUUCAUCAAUAAAUUUGAGGUUGGUUUAAAGUUUUGAACACACUGCUUUGCUCAAUAAACUUGAGGUUGUUUUAAAGUUUUGAAUACACUGCUUUGCUCAAUUAAUUUGAGGUUGGUUUAAAGUUUUGAAUACACUGCUUUGCUCAAUUAAUUUGAGGUUGGUUUAUAGUUUUGAAUACACUGCUUUAGCUUGAGAGUUAUUAAAAGAUGGAACAGUUUGCCAAUGGUUAUUAAAAAUGCCACCUCAUUGAUUAGUUUUAGGAUUAUGUAUAUUUCUUCAAUGUGAUGGGUGUCAGGGGCGCCGAGAUCCCUGGUGAAGGUGUCAUGGGUGCCGAGAUCCCUGGUGAAGGUGUCAGGGGCGCCAAGAUCCCUGGUUCAGCUUAAUGGAAACAGAAAAGAUAUAUUGACUCGCUGAAAAUGUCACAAAAGUGAUCUCCCAGCGAAAAAUUUUCCA